AUGCGCAACACGUCACGGGAGAAACUGUUGCCAUUUCAAUUUCAGAGAAUCCUGGACGAUGGAAAAGGAAAUGAUGCAGGGACGCCUCCACCACUGAUUGGAAGAUUUGGCACCUCAUUGAAAAUAGGGAUUGUUGGCCUUCCCAAUGUUGGGAAGUCGACCUUCUUCAACGUGCUGACAAAGAGUCAGGCUGCAGCUGAAAAUUUCCCCUUCUGCACCAUUGACCCAAAUGAAAGUAGAGUGCCCAUUCCAGAUGAACGCUAUGAUUUCCUCUGCCAAUUCCACAAACCUGCCAGAGAAAUCCCAGCAUUCCUUAAUGUUGUCGACAUCGCUGGCCUGGUGAAAGGUGCUCACUCUGGCCAAGGCCUGGGAAAUGCCUUCCUGUCCCACAUCAGCGCCUGCGAUGGCAUCUUCCACUUGACACGUGCUUUUGAGGACGAGGAUAUCAUCCAUGUUGAGGGGACAGUGGACCCAGUGAGGGACAUGGAGAUCAUCCACGAGGAGCUGAGGCUGAAGGAUGAAGAGAUGAUCGGCCCUGUUAUUGACAAGCUGGAGAAGACUGCCAUUAGAGGCGUUGACAAGAAACUCAAACCAGAAUAUGACGUUAUGUGCAAAAUCAAGAGCUGGGUAGUGGAUGAAAAGAAACAUGUCCGCUACUAUCCGGAUUGGAACGACAACGAGAUCGAUGUGUUGAACAAAUACUUGUUUUUGACAUCCAAACCAAUGAUUUACCUUGUUAACCUCUCUGAGAAAGACUACAUCAGGAGAAAGAACAAAUGGCUGGUGAAAAUCAAGGCGUGGGUGGACAGUCAUGACCCCGGGGCCUUGGUCAUCCCCUUCAGCGGCGGCCUGGAGAGCCAGCUCCAGGACGCCAGUGACGAGGACAGGCAGAAGCACUGCACGGAGCACAAGACGCAGAGCGCCCUGUGCAGGAUCAUCAAGGCAGGCUACGCAGCCCUGCAGCUGGAGUACUUCUUCACUGCCGGACCAGAUGAGGUCCGUGCAUGGACCGUUCGGAAAGGAACUAAGGCUCCACAGGCUGCGGGGAAGAUCCACACGGACUUUGAGAGGGGCUUCAUUACGGCGGAAGUAAUGAAAUUCCAGGAUUUUAAAGAGGAAGGCAGCGAGAACUCUGUCAAGGCAUCUGGGAAAUACAGACAACAGGGAAGGAACUACGUCGUGGAGGAUGGAGACAUCAUCUUUUUCAAAUUCAACGCACCAAAUGCGCCGAAGAAAAAGUGA